UAAAGGUUCUGGUGCCGUUAGCCUUGUUCUUUAACCUAACGCUACCUGCAAUUUGGGGUUGCGCUUCGGAACCCCUUAGAUCUUGUCGCCGAAUCAACUUUCGAACCAUACGACAAAAUUACAUGUCUCAACCGGUAACUCCCUCUUACUAGAUGAUCGACAACGAAACAAAUAUGACCACGGACAAAUUGACAACCAUGGGCCUCGACGAGGAGAAGCAGGCUUCCGGGUCUAGAGAACCGUCCAUUGUGACAUCCUCAACUGCUAAUGGCACAGAUGCGCCAGACGUUAACGAGGGAGAUGCGAAUAAAGAUCAGGAAAAAGGUGUGAGCGAGGCAGAAAAGCCCAUCGAAUACCCGAAAGGCUUGGAGAUGUUCUUCAUCAUGCUUGCGCUCGUGCUUAGUAUUACUCUCUGCUCUCUCGACCAGACCAUCGUUGCGACCGCUGUACCUAAGAUUACCGACCAGUUCGGCCGGUUGCAAGACAUCUCGUGGUACGGCUCAGCAUACUUCCUCACCCUUGGGGCCUUCCAGUCACUGUGGGGUAAGAUCUACAAGUUCUUUCCUCUGAAAACGAGCUUCUUGGUGUCUCUCCUCAUCUUUGAACUUGGGAGUUUGAUCAGCGCUGUCGCUCGUAACUCGACGACUGUGAUUGUUGGACGUUCUAUCGCUGGGUUGGGCGCCUCGGGUAUUGCACCUGGCGUGUACACAAUUCCUGCCUUUAUUGCUGAGCCCGAGAAAAGAGCUACAUACACGGGUUUCAUCGGGUUGUCGUAUGGUAUUGCUGCUGUUGCCGGACCACUCAUUGGUGGGGGACUUACAGAUGGGGCGAGCUGGAGAUGGUGCUUCUACAUCAAUUUGCCCAUUGGUGGCCUGGCUGUUCUCGUCAUUCUUCUCACCUUCAAAACCCCAGCAGGGGUCAAGGUCGUCGAUGCUACACUCAAGGAGAAGCUUUUACAGAUGGACUUUAUAGGCACAGCGCUCGUGAUGGGUGCAUCUUUGUCUUUACUUCUGGCUCUUCAAUACGGUGGUGUGACCCAUGCCUGGAACUCUAGUGUCGUCAUCGGCUUACUGGUCGGCUUCGUUCUUAUGGUUACCGCACUGAUUGGGGUAGAAUUCUGGCUGGGAGAGCGCGCAAUGUUGACCCCAAGACUAAUUCGCCAAAGGACAGUUUGGGUCAACGCUGUAUGGGGCUUCUUCUUUGCUGGUUCAUACUUCAUCACGCUUUACUAUUUGCCUAUCUACUUCCAGAGCAUCGAUAAUCAGAGUCCGAUAGGCUCGGGUGUACGAAACAUUCCUCUUAUCGCGUUAUUCAGCGUUGCGACAUUUGCGUCUGGCAAAGCUAUCACGAAGACGGGCACUGCAGCUCCAUAUCUGGUGGUUAGUUCAGUGAUCGUCACUAUUGCAUCCGGCCUGUUCUAUACUCUUGACAUCGGGACCUCAACGGGAAAAUGGGUGGGAUAUCAGAUCUUGGCGGGCUUCGGAUACGGUAUUGGUCUCCAGGUUCCUAUUGUCAUUUCGCAGGCGUUUGCUGCGCCCGGUGACAUGGCUCCUGUGACUUCGAUCAUCAUAUUUGCCCGAACCCUCGGUGGAACAUUCUUAAUCACGGCUGCGCAAUCUGGCUUCAUCAACCAGAUCAUUCACAAGCUGUCCAGUACUGCACCGACCAUCGAUCCCGCCUCAGUGACGGAAACUGGUGCCACUACUCUGCGUCAGAAUUUCUCCGGUGCUGAGUUGGAUGGUAUACUGCAUGCUUAUGCAUGGGGCAUCAAAGUUGCUUUUGCAAUUACUAUUGCGGCUUGUGGCAUCACAGUCAUUACGAGCUUAUUUACCAAGUGGACGAAUAUCCAUGUCAAGAAACAGAGCUCAUAGAACACUCCUGACUUUUUGUACGAUGAAGGGGAUCUUUUUACCUUCUUUUGAUGCUUCCAAUGGUUUCUUUUCCGGUCAGACUACUCACCUAAGAGGGGUGGCAGCCGGAAUCAUUGAGGUUAUUGGACCUGGCUACCUUAUAAAUGUAUACUGAGCGCGUUGAGUUAAUCAAUCUCGUGGUCAAUUCAAAGUACUAGACAAUACUAAUAUAAAACAUAUGACAACCACUGGU